AUGUCUGGUGAACUGACGGAUGCUGAGAUGCUUGCGUCGAUGGUUGCCGCGGGUGUGGCACCUCCCCCUGAGCUGCUCUCCAAGGUGAAUGAAGGCAAGGGCAUGAGUAUUAAGAAGAGCAAGGGCAAGAGCAAGUCACAUACUACUUCUAUGUCUUCUGCAAAGACCAAGGACGUGAAGAAGACCGGAAACAAGGCCCGCAAGACCAAGCGUAAGCGGAGCAAGGAUGGCUCGGAUCCAUCUGGGCAAGAUGGUGACGAUUCGGGAGAGGGGAUGGGAGAGGAGGUCAAGGUGGGACGACGGAAGCGGGGCAAGGGCAACAAGGGCGAGGUCCAAGUCCGAGAGUGGACGGGGGAUGACCAGAUGGUGCCUAUGGCCACCAAUUUCCAAGACAACGACUCCAGCUCGGACUCUGAUCCUCUCUCUCGCCUCAACACGGGUGGUGCCGUCCUGCACAACGCCGGGGCCACCUGGCGGACGGUCGACAUGGAUCCCAUGACCACACAUGGAUGGACAGACUCGGGAUUUGUCUCGCUCGAGGUGCUGGAUGGUGAUGUUCUGGAGCAGCUGCCGACAGGCGUUGAGCUGGGGGUUGUCGGCGAGGAUGAUGUCGAGGCCAUGACCCGCAAGCUGAUGGAGGCCGAUGUCGAGGGCAACUCUGUUGCCCAGCUGGCUGAAGCCAUAGCGGAGGAGGUCAUUGCCAGCAAGGUUGAAGACAAGUCGGCUGCCUCUGGCACUGCCGCCAAGAGUGGAAGUGCAGGCUCCAAGCUGCCGCCGAUCAGCAAGGAUCUCUCCAAGGAGGAGUACCUCGCCGAAAAGCGCCGGCGGAAGCAGCUUGCUCGACGCGAGCGGCGCAAAGCCAAGGCCAAGGCUGCGCGCGAGGCCAAGAUGGUGCGGGAGGCCAACGAGGCGAAGAACAAGACCAAAACUGCGCGUAGAGCAGCGGCCAAGGCAGCGGCCAAGGCAGCGGCCAAGGCAGCGGCCAAAGCAGCGGCCGAGGUGAAGGUGGAGGCCGAGGAAGAAGAAUCUGGUUCUGGCUCUGGCCCUGGCUCUGGCGUGGGGGAUAUGGAGGAAGAGAAUGCGCAAGCUCAGCUGACGGUGGAGGAACACGGCGAGACGUGGACCAAGAUGGGUCUGAGUGAGAGCGUGGUUCGUGGCCUGCUCGACCUCGGCUUUACGCAGCCGACGCCGAUCCAGGAGGCAGUGGUGGGCGACACAGUCAAGUACUACCGCGACAUUGUGGGCGCGGCCGAGACUGGGUCCGGCAAAACGCUCGCGUUUGGGCUGCCGAUGAUCCAGGGCGUGCUAGUGUCCGAGGCACGGUGGCCGGACGACAAGCGGCUGAAGGGGCUUGUGCUGGUGCCGACGCGCGAGCUUGCGGUGCAGGUCCGUGACCACAUCAACGCAGCUGCGGUGCACACGGGUGUGCGUACGAUUGUGAUUGUGGGCGGGCUCUCUGAGCACAAGCAGGUCCGGCUGCUCAACACCAAGCCGCAGAUUGUGGUGGGCACGCCAGGGCGUGUGUGGCGGAUGAUGCAGGACGGGCACGAGCACCUGACGGAUCUUACUGGGCUGCGGUUCUUUGUGCUCGACGAGGCGGACCGGAUGGUGCAGCCGGGUCGGUACGAAGAGCUUGAGUCGAUUCUCAUGCUUCUACCCGAGUCACGGGACUCUGCGCCGGUGACGAUCGAGGCCGAGUUUGACGAAGAGGCGACAGACGCUGGUGUUUCGGCGACGAUGGCGCUCGACGACGAGACGCGGCGGGCGGUGAAGAACAACGUCCAGAAGCCCAAGACGGCGCGGCAGCUGAAGAAGUCUGCGCGAAAGUCUGCGCUGGACGACGAGCUUCGGAAGGAGUUCCGUGCAGAAGAGGCGAACGCGCCGCUGCUUGCAGUCUUUCAACGGCUCAAGUUCCAUGGGCGGCCCAAGGUUGUGGAUCUGUCGCGGUCGUCGGUGGUUGCAGCGUCGCUGAAGGAGACGAAGAUUGCGCUGCCGCUGGAGGACAAGGACGUGCAUCUCUACUACUUGCUGCUGAAGAACGCCGGCAAGACGCUGGUAUUUGUCAACUCGGUGGCCUGCCUGCGGCGGCUGACGCCGCUGCUCGCAGUGCUGCAGGUGCCGACAGCAGCGAUUCAUGCCAAGAUGGCACAGCGGCAGCGGCUGAAGAAUCUCGACCGGUUGCGGACGCAGUCCAACUUUGUUCUUGUGGCGACCGACGUUGCGGCGCGCGGGCUUGACAUUCCGCAGGUCGACCACGUCAUCCACUAUCAGUUGCCUCGGUCGGCGGACCUGUACGUGCAUCGGUCGGGGCGGACGGCACGUGCGUCGGCGUCGGGCGUCUCGGUCAUGCUCGUCGAGCCGAAGGAGGUUAAGACGUACCAACGCAUCUGCCACGUGCUCAACAAGCCCGACGGGCUGCCCGACUACGAGGUCGACCUGAUGCAGGUGGGCAAGCUGGGCAAGGCCAUUCGGCUCGCGCGCGAGGUUGAGAACCUCGAGCACCGGAUCCGCAAGACGCAGUCGAACAACGACUGGCUCCGUCAGCAGGCCGAGGCCAUGGACAUCCUGCUGGACGACGGUGACCUUGACGAUGACGACGACGAGGUCUCGUUUAAGCAGGCACAGCUGAAGCGGAAGCUCGAGAUCAAGCGCAAGCAGCUCUACUUUGACGUGCUCGCCGACUCAAUCCUGCCCAAGUCCAAGUACCUCUCGAUCGACGAGACCAAGGUCCUCAAGCGGAUGGAGGAGGAGACGAACCACAAGGCGAAUCUCAAGGAGCGCGGCAAGCAGCGGUACCGGCGGCGCAAGUAA